AUUUCAAAUGUAAACAAACCUGUUUCGUGUCUUUCCUUUUUAAUUUUGUUGAUUUUAGAACAUUUCCAUUCACGUCAUUGAAGAUUUCGCUGUGCGAUACGAGACACGUCGCUCAAAAAUUAAAAGUAGUUGGUUCCAAAGGUCAAUUUUCGUAUUUACAUCACAAUCAUCGCCAAAAAAUUUUUGUUCUUACAUAAAUCGUAACAAAGUCUCUCUAAAAAAUUCAAAAAAUGUCAGAUCAAGUGAGUCCCGUGAAAUAUUUCCUCUGCGGCGGAUUCGGAGGUAUUUGUACUGUUGUCACAGGACAUCCAUUGGAUACAAUCAAAGUGCGCUUACAAACGAUGCCUGUCCCGGAAAAGGGAGUUGAGCCUCUUUAUCGCGGAACGUUUGAUUGCGCGAAGAAAACUGUGCAACGCGAAGGCUUUCGUGGCUUGUACAAAGGAAUGACGGCGCCAAUUACGGGAGUUGCGCCUAUUUUUGCGAUGAGUUUCUUCGGAUUCGGUUUGGGAAAACGCUUGCAACAAAAUACGCCGGACGAGGUUUUGUCUCCCGUUCAACUAUUUGCAGCUGGGGCAUUUUCGGGAGUCUUUACAACGACAGUCAUGGCACCCGGAGAACGUAUCAAGUGCUUGUUACAGAUCCAACAGGGCGGAAAUUCGCCGCAAAAGUACAGCGGUAUGACGGAUUGUGCGAAACAAUUGUAUCGCGAAGGCGGAAUUCGGAGUAUUUACAAAGGAGCUUGUGCGACAUUGCUCAGAGAUGUUCCUGCAAGCGGAAUGUACUUCCUCACAUAUGACUGGAUCAAGAGUUACUUUGCCGACGAGCAAGGAAAGGUGAGUUUGUGGGCAACGAUUUUCGCGGGAGGCAUGGCAGGCAUCAAUAAUUGGGUUGUUGGUAUGCCCGCUGACGUGUUGAAGUCGAGAUUGCAAACAGCGCCCGAAGGAACGUACAAAAAUGGCAUUCGUGAUGUGUUCCGAGAGCUUAUGAAGAAGGAAGGACCAACGGCGUUGUAUAAGGGAGUGACGCCUGUUAUGUUGAGAGCAUUCCCUGCGAAUGCUGCGUGCUUUAUUGGAUUUGAGGUCUUUAUGAAAUUCCUCAAUUGGUGUGCGCCAAACUUGUAAAAAAAAAUAUUUGAAAAAAAAAACUGAGAUUGGACUCGAAAAAAGUCAAUUUUUAAUAGGAAAAAACAAAUUCUUUUGCUUGUUAUCGAUUUUUUACAUGAUUUGUUAAUAAAAAUAGUACAACACCUUCCAAUUUUUUUUAAAUUUUUGAAAAUUUUACUUAAAAUGAAAAAUUUAGGAUUUA